AGCCUUAUUUGGGUGGGCCUGGGCGGGCCGAUUUCUUAACCGAUUGCGCUCCCACACAAUCACCUCUGUACCAUCCGCCCCUGUUGGGUGCACAUUCGAUAGGCAGGAGUAAAGGCCUUUUCAGAGGACAAUUUAACCACAUACUCAAACACAUCCGCUCUCCACGCCGUGAUCUUUCCCUGCCUGUGCUGCCUUUGUCAUACCAUAUGACCCUGAUUCUUGUCGGGCAUUGGUGACGAACGGCUCGUCAAAUGCAUGAUAUUUUGUGGAUAGAUGGUGUACUGAGUGUUGGAAUAGCAACAGUA